GCACCUGAGGUAAGUGCAUUCGACCUAUGAUUUACGUCGGCAGUCUGCAAGUUUCGUAGGGGGACGAAGAGAAGGUUGCUCUCAUGCGGCCGUGAUGAAUAGUUUUGAGGGUGAACGGAAGUAGUAGAAACAUGACUAAAAUAAAAGUGCUUGAGGUCAUCCCCUUCUGAAAGUGUAAUUCCACCGCGAUGUUAUGAUGCAUGUCGGAGUCUUUGCAGUCACCGCUAGGGCGCGUCCCCUUCAGGCAGUGUCUCAUUUUAUCUUUUUGCUGGUAUUAUGAGCUGGCAUAUCCAAGAGAAGUCUCCCAGGGAUAACCGACGGUUACAGUAAUACGAAUUUGAGGACGUGGCCUACGGGCUGAAGAUAUAACGUAGCAUGGGCAAGCGGGCAACUGUGCUUCUCUCGCCUGCGUCUGUGUAACUCCCAGUGUCCCGAUUCAGCCCGGAAUGCCUGGGGCACAUAACGGCAAUAGAACUGGCAUCGGGUGGAAUAUGAGGCAAUGCCUGCAGUGCGUGGCUACUGCCUGACACAGAGCAGCGUCCAACUGACGUUGGCUACCGGACCAAUCCUUCUAAGGACCCUCGUCUGGUAGCAACAACUGCCCACCUUCGAAACCGUGAAGCUGUCCAGUGAGAGGAGAGAAGCAACUGCCACUGCAUUUUGUUUUCGCGGGUCCGUGAGCGCGGGUCAUCAUGUGGCAUGUGGUUUGUGGUCUGCCAUGAGCUCUAUGUCGGAACACGAUUUGAAUGUGGUUGUGAUCAAAUGCAGGAGGUGAGGGCCGCUUACAUUCUUCUCUUGGUUUCGUGUGAUGUGUGGAUGACUAUAUGCAGUCGAGCGAGAGCCGCUGGGGUACUGCGUCAGAUUAUGGGUGAGAGACUAGGAAGGUAGAUCAGCAUGGUUAGUCGGCUACUGCAGUGCGCGGGGGCACAAUGUGAUAUGUGGCUUGUGGUCAGCCAUGAGCUAACACCAGCACUGAAAUCUGUUUGUCGACAGAUGCAGGAGGUGAGGCUCGGCUCUUUUUUUGUGUGAAUGAAUGGAUGCGAGUGAGCGAGAGUCGGGAGGGUCUGUGUCAGAGUGCCAGUGAGAGUGUACCAGGAAAGGUAGGUGAGCAUGGUUGUCGGGUCAAUGCGCGGAGCCAUGAUGUAGCUUCUGGCGUGUUGACUGCCUUGAUUCAUGUCGACACUCUAUUGGAAUGUGGUUCUGGACAGCUUCUGGACAUGCAGGAGGUGAGGACCGUGUUUGCUUUUGAUUUGGUUUUGCCGGCUGUGGGUAGGACUAUGUGCGGUUGAGCGAGCGCCUGAAGGGGAUAGGUGAGAAUGUCGGGUAGAGCGGAGUUGGAAGGCGGAUAGGUAAUCAUGGCUGGUCGUUCACUUCAGUGCACGGACACGAUUUGACUGUGGUUGUGGACAGCUACAGGAGGUGAGAAUCUCUUUUGUUUUGGCGUGGCGUGGGUUUUGCCUGCUGUGUGAAUGAGUGGAUGCGGGUGAGCGAGUGCUUGAAGGGCGCCGUGUCAGAGUGUUGGGCCGAGUGAAAUAGGGGAUGUAGAUGAUAAUAGUUGGUCGUGUAUUUCAUUACGCGAGGACGUCAAGGGACGCCUGCUUUGUGGACUGGCAGGGGCUCCAUGCCUGAACACCACUGGGAUGUGGUUGUGGACAGACGCAGGAGGUGAGGACCGGCUGCCUUUUUAUCUGGGUUUUGUCUGUUGUGGAUAUGCCAAUGCCAUUGAGCGAGAGAAGAAAAGAUGUUGCGUCAGAGUGUCGGCGAGAGUGAAGUUAAAAAGGUGAUGGCAGCGCCUUAGUUCCGCUGCAAGCGGGCGCCACUGGAGAUUCAAAGAGUGUCCUCUUCUGAGGUAGGCGUGUGUAGCGGAGUUGCGUACAUGCACAGAUGAUGCACGACUCUAAGAAUUUGUUCAUCUUUUCCACUUGCGUGUACUCUUUAGAUAUGUUACCAUCGCGGGUUGAAGUAGCCGGAUAUUGCGUCUGAUGUCCUUGAAUGCAAAAGAAUCUCGCAGUGAAUUUGCUUCCAUGACAUAUGCUUUAGCUUGCUGAAUGUACAGAUACGCAGUAUACUCUCACCAGCUGGAUCUGCCUAACAGUUUCACUGGAACCUCAUGGUCAUACGAUUGAUAUUCGGUCCAGGGUGGCUUGCUCGUACGUGUUUUGAAUCAACGCGAUAUACGAGUAACUUCGGGCGAAGGGUCACUGGUGACAACCGCGGGAAAUUGACGAAUCGACACCUCGUAUGGUCUCCCAUGGUCGAACUUUCCUCUCCGGGGUCUUCAUCAUCGUCGCGUGCACAUGUAACACUCACUCAAUACAGGGAUACUGCGCCAUUCGUGGCUCCUGCGUAAGGCCUGAAUUCGCGCGUUGUGACAAAAGGCCACUCUUAAGUAGUUCGGCCAACUCGAAACUUGCCUGUAUCGAUUAUUCCGCCAAUGGCUUAUUCACAACUGGGCUGCAUGCUGGCAGCUAUUUUGGCUGAUGGUGAUGGCGUGUCACAAGCCCGAUUUCUUACGUCAGGUGAUGGUUCCCUUCUAUCUGUUUUGGUCGUGAAGAUAGGUUUCUGUGAAGACGGAAGGCUUGAGCGUCGCCAUGUGCGCAUUCGUACUUUUAGCACUCCUGAAGAAGAUAAGCACAAUGCAUUCAUGAUGAGGCACAUCCAUAUGUUAGAACUCGUCUAUAAAUCUACUGUGUAUCCGACGCAAAACCGGCCGCAGCAGGUGAUGCACUGAAGUGCUUACCGAGAUCCCAUGAUACUUGCGAAUUCGCCCUUUGCUACAGCUGCAACUUGAAAAGAAGAUCUGUCUGGUUCUCCUAUUCUCUGUCAGCUCGAAUUCGAGGAUCGGUUCUGUGGUUGCGAAGAUGGCCUACUUUGACUCUUUUUACGGAAACGGAACGGCUGCGACCUCGUUGUGUCCAAUUGCUAUGCAUCUGUUGCAUGCGAGGAUAUCAGUUUAUAUGUGUUGAGAAAUGUUCCGCCUUUUGUAUUGGCGUAGACAAUGAAUUCGGUCCAGCUAACAUAGAGCUUCUCCAAAGAGUAGUCACUGACUUACAGCAGGAGAGCGAAUGAUGUGGAAUUCAGAUGAUUGAGGAACAAUUCAUCGGCUUCGUCGGUCUCGAGAACACUGCCGCCGUUUGUGCCACUACUGAUGCAGCUGAUUGUCAGCCCUGGUGCCAGCAACUGAUGCUUCCACAUUGGUAUAAACCCAGCGGUCCCCUGGUGAACACCUGGGUAUUUGAGGUGUAGAAAUCGGCAGUCGUUCUUCGCCCGGCUUGGAUCUUUAGUGCGAGAAGGCCCCGUGAUCAAUGUCGAAGCAAGGUCGUGGAUCUGGUACUAGGAAUGGUAGAAAUUCUAUGCCCAAAAGGUACUUCGAAUGCCAUCUGGCCAAUCAACUCUCAGCAAAUCUUCAGGUCCAUUGCAACUGCACCCCCAAGGUGUCAAACAUAUCAACCUCAAUUUGUUAUGUCUUGCUGUGGCUACUUGAGCCUUAUGGGAGUGCCUUUACGCGGAUCUACAAAGUAGAUUUUGACGACUGUUGUUACGCGAUUGAGAUGAAUGUGAGAGAACACAUUCGUUUGUGUGACUGGCUUCGACACACUUGUAGACGUCCAAGUUGUUCCACGGUACCUACACGAAUGCGGAGCCGAAGAAGCACGGCUCUUGCAGCAACGAAGUGCUCAGUGGUUUUGUGUAGUUACUUUGAGAAUGGUUUUGAACAUGACCAAACGGUCAGGUAUACACGGGCGCUCCAGAGAACUAUAAGCAACACAUUUUCUGUACGAUUCUAAAUGCGUCAUGCUGUCGACGACGAAACGCAGCUUCUUGCGGUAGGUGAUGGGGACGGUUAUUCGCCCUGAGAGGGGAUGGGGAGUGCUGGUUGAUAGUUCUGUCACACUCGGACCUGAUUUGUGACACGCUGUGGGCUGAAUACGUAGCAAGCAUUGCCUUUCAUUUGCGAGGGUGUUUUCUUAUUCCGCCGUACUCCAGGGCUAAUGUUUAACGUCGAAACGAACUGGACGUUAUCAUGCGUCCACAGGAGUUG